CUGCAGGACAACCCCGCUGGCGCCGCCGUCCUGCCGGGGCCGGAGUUGGGGGGAUGUCCUUGGCCUUCCCUGUGGGCCGGAGGCAAAUCCCCUGCCUGUCCUUCUUGCUUCCUGCCUCAGGCCCCGAGCUGAGGACGGAGAGCCCGGAGGACAAAUCCCCCCGUGAGACCCUGGUGGGAGAGGCCGUUUUGAAGGGCUCCCCGGCGCAGGAAGGCAGCGGGGAGGGAAAGGGCCGGAGAUCUCCCCGCAGGAGGGGCUCCAAAGCCAUCCCAGGGUGCUCUGAGGAGGAAAGAGCCAGCCUGUGCCGGGAAGGCGGCCGGAGCUUGAGGCAGAGCUCUGAGCUGGUGGUCCCUGAGCAGCCUCCCAGGAGGGAGAAACCCUUCAGGUGCUUGGAAUGUGGGAAGAGCUUCAGUUACAGCUCCAACCUCCGCACCCACCAGCACAUCCACAGUGGUGAACGUCCCUACUCUUGUGGGGAAUGUGGGAAGAGCUUUAGGCAGAGCUCCCACCUCCACACCCAUCGGCGCAUCCACACUGGGGAACGGCCCUACUCUUGUGGGGAAUGUGGGAAGAGCUUCAGGGAAAACUCCAAACUCCUCAUCCACCAGCGCAUCCACACUGGAGAACGACCCUACAAGUGUGGGGAAUGUGGGAAGAGCUUCCGCCGGAGCUCCCACCUCCGCACCCACCAGCACAUCCACACCAGGAAGAAGCCCUACAAGUGUGGAGAAUGCGGGAAGAGCUUCAGUGACAGCUCCUACCUCCCCAUUCACCAACGCAUCCACACCGGGGAACGGCCCUACAAGUGUGGGGAUUGUGGGAAGAGGUUUAGGACCACCUCACAUCUCCUCACACAUGAGCGGACGCACACAGAUGAGAGGCCCUUCCGCUGCACCGACUGUGGGAAGGGCUUCAAGUACAACUUUCACCUCAGCACCCACCGCCGCGUCCACACCGGUGAGAGGCCCUACAAGUGUGGGGAGUGUGGGAAGAGCUUCCCCCACAGUUCUACCCUAACCAAACACCAACAAACCCACUGGUAAGGCAAACCGUACGAGUUCCCCGACUGCAGGAAGAGCUUUGGCUGCUGCUUCCACCCAGAAUGAACCCCCCAAUGGUGAGGCAACCCUUGGAGUCCAGUGACUGUCAGUCCAUCCCUUUCAACCACAAAGGGCCAGUCCCCUUUCCCAGGGGCAGCUUCUUCCAACAGAACCCUUCUUGGGGGGUCAGUCCUGGAAGUUUAGAGCAGAGAUCUCUCCACAAGUGUUGGUCUGGGGGAGUUCCAUCCAUCUCUAAUUAAGAAUUCUUGCUUUUG